AUGAGAGGUGUAAUACCAAACUAUCACCACUCUUACACUUUCUUCUUUUUCAUUGUCUUAGUUCUGUUUCGUCAUGCAUUCUCGAUCAAUACUUUGUCAUCUACAGAAACUCUUACAAUAUCAAGCAACCAAAAUGUGUCUCCCGGUGAUGUCUUUGAGCUUGGUUUCUUCAAAACCACAACACAAAGCAGCUCUCGAGAUGGCGAUGAUGAUCGUUGGUAUCUCGGGAUUUGGUACAAGACAAUCUCUAAAAGAAGCUAUGUUUCGGUUGCCAACAGAGACAAUCCUCUUUCCAACUCCAUUGGAACCUUAAAAGUCUCUAACGAUGCUAACCUCAUCCUCCUCGAUCGAUCUGAUACUCCUGUCUGGUCAACGAAUCUGACAAAAGCUGUGAAAUCUCCUGUCGUGGCAGAGCUUCUUGCAAACGGAAACUUUGUGCUCAGAGAAUCCACAACUAAAGAUCCAAACCGGUUCUUGUGGCAAAGCUUUGAUUUUCCGGUGGAUACUUUGCUCCCGGAGAUGAAAAUUGGUUUGGAUCUCAAAACAGGACACGACAAGUUCCUCAAAUCUUGGAAGAGCCCAAAUGAUCCAUCAAGCGGAGAUUUGUCGUUCAAACUCGAAACUCAAGGGUUACCUGAGUUUUAUCUUUGGAAGCAAGAUUUCAAAGUGUACCGAACCGGUCCGUGGAAUGGAAUCAGGUUUAAUGGUAUACCAAAGAUGCAAGAUUGGAGCUACGUUGUUAAUAGUUUCAUAGAGAACAGAGAGGAAGUAACGUACACUUUCAAAGUCGCAAACCGUAGCAUCAACACGAGAUUUACACUGACUUCAGAUGGGUAAUUACAACAGAUUUCGACAGUGGAGGAACAGAACAUCUCUUGGUUUAUACCGCAAGAUGAGUGCGAUUUGUACAUGACAUGUGGUCCUUAUAGUUAUUGUGACAUGAAAACGUCACCGAUUUGUAAUUGUAUCCGUGGUUUUGAACCAAGAUAUCCAACGUCAGGGGCCUCGGGAGAGACGUAUGAUGGUUGUGUGAGGAGGUCGCCGCUGAGCUGCGGAGGACAAGGGUUUUUGCGGUUGAGCAGGAUGAAGUUGCCUGAGACAAGUAGAGUGAUUGUGGACAAGACAAUCGGGUUAAAGGAAUGUAAGGAGAGAUGUGAUAAAGAUUGUAAUUGUACCGGGUUUGCUAAUACGGAUAUUGGAAAUGGUGGAUCGGGUUGCGUGUUGUGGACCGGUGAGCUAGUGGAUAUGCGGACUGACGUGGACUCUGGUCAAGAUUUUUAUGUCAAAAGCGAUGCGACGGCUACAAUUAGAUGUGGAUCGGAUAUUGUGAAAUGGUUUAUGAAAUUUCAAGGAAUCAGAAUUUUAUAUGCAGUUAUGCAGAUAUAUAUGUGGUUUUUGGAAAUUCAUAUCCAUUAA